CCGGACAGUGUUAAGGAUUUGACGUUGAUCCGCAAUCUCGACCUAUUCGCCAACUCCCCACUCCAAAAUUACACGUUUCCUAACUUCUCGAACCACUGAAUUUUGGCUAUCCCAAACUUCCCGCUACCCAGCUCACCAUGACAAUCACCCGUAUCGCCUCCGUCGCUCUGCGCCUCGCGCAAUGCACCUGCUCAGUCAUCGUAAUCGGGAUCAUCGCCUUCCUCAUGAGCGAUGAUUACAAAUACCCCAAAAGCCCCGAUGACGACAUCGCCGUUAGUGAGUGGGGCUUUCUGCUCAACUACACCAUGGUCAUUGCCUGCUUCUCUUUGGCCUUGUCGGUCCUGUGGAUGCUCAACUCUACUAAUGCCAUCUUGCGCUCUAUCUUCGACCUGGGACUGGCAAUUGCUUGGAUCGUGUCAUUUUUGAUGCACUACGCGUACUGGCUGGGGGGGACUAGCUGGGAGCCCGAGUCGAAGUAUCAGUGGGAUAUGCCGUAUGGGCGGGCGGCGUCAGCUCAUCAAGACUCCGUUGAGACGGUCGACAAGGCUGUUCAGGCAUUUGCACUGAUGGGUGCUGUUUUGACGUUCAUGAGCUUCCUGUUAGGCUUCGUGGUGUGCUUGAAGAAGGAUCGGAAUGAUGAAGCGGGUGCGUAUGCGGAUGGGGUCACAACACCGGCUGUGCAUCUUCGUAUCUGGACCAAGAAUUCGUCAGUCUAG